GUGAGUGCGUGGGGCGGCCCGCGGCCGGCAAUGGUUGGUACGACAGCGACGACGACGUGCAGCAGCGCAGUGGCCGUCUCUUGACAAAUGCCACAAUGUAACGGACUAAGCGCGGAUCCUCGAAGAAGCGCACCGGAGUCGACGCUGCUAUAUCGGAAGAUAAAAUAGCAGCAGCUUCAUGAGUGGGAAAUGAUGCCGACCAGCUCGCGGCAAUCGGGAACUUGCAGCGAUGGCUUUGAAUGGGAUACGUUGAUGGAAGUUGUUCACGAACCUAUUGAGAAGAAUUACACAUUACUCGAAGAAAUUGGCAAAGGUCAAUUUGCUGUUGUUAGAAAAUGUGUCGAACAAAAAACUGGAGCAGAAUAUGCUGCAAAAAUAAUGAGAAAGAGAAGGGUUGCUCGGGGAGUUGCUGCAGCUGACAUUGCUCGAGAAGCUGGAUUACUAGCACAAUUGAGGCAUCCUAAUAUUGUAUCCUUAUACAGAGUAAUUGAUACUGGAACCACCGUAGUAUUGCUUUUGGAAUUAAUUACUGGUGGAGAACUAUUCCACUGGAUGCCAUCUAAUGAAGCAGAAGCUGCUCAUGUGGUUGGACAAGUUUUAAAAGCACUUAGUCAUUUGCAUUCGCAUCAAGUUGCACAUUUGGACAUUAAGCCUGAAAAUAUUCUUCUAUCUUCUUCACCACCUAUGCCCAAUAUUAAACUAAUUGAUCUUGGAUUGUCUCACCGCUUGAUACCUGGCUCUGAACACAGAGCUCUUUUUGGAACUCCAGAAUUUGUUGCACCAGAAAUAGUGAAUUAUGAACCACUCAGUUUAGGAACUGACUUAUGGGCUGUCGGUGUUCUGACAUACAUAUUGCUAAGCGGUGCAUCACCAUUUUUAGGUGAAGACAAACAAGAAACCUAUGCAAAUGUUGCAGCAUGUCAAUAUCAGUUUGACGAUAAAUAUUUUUCCAAUGUUUCUGAAUUUGCCAAGGAUUUUAUAUCAUCUUUAUUAGUCAAGGAUCCCAAGAAAAGAGGAACUGCAGAGUCCUGUCUUACACAUCCCUGGAUUGUAACGGAAACUCAGGCUUGUCAAGGACUCGGAGAAGCUCUUAUCAGCGCUGUGAAGGGGCGAUGUAUUCAGACUGUAUCGCGCUUGUUACAACAGGGCGCGCCAUUGGAUGUCGAGGACUUUAAUCAAGAUACUUUAUUACAUAUUGCCUGUAAAAGUGGAGAUGAAGGAAUAGUGGCACUCUUAAUAGAUCAUGGAAUAGAUUUGGACGCAACAAAUAAGGAUGGCUUAACUCCACUGCAUAUUGCUGCAAAAUUUGGUCAUAUUGAUAUUGCAAGGCUUUUAUGUACAGCAGGCUGUGAUGUUGAUAAAACGAAUCGUGGUAUCCGAGCGGACGUUACAGCAAUAAAAUAUGGUCAUACGGAUAUAGCAAGUUUAUUAGACAAACUGAGAAAUCCAACUCAAAGAGAAGUGUUCAUUAAACAGUUACAAGCUAUGCGACGGCCAAUAGAUUGUCUGCAUGUUCGUCUUUUGGGGCACUGUGCAUCAGGGAAAACUUCACUUGUCAAUUCAUUAAGAUCUGGUAUUUUCAAUUUUGGAUUUUUCAAAAGGUCAAAAAGUCAGAGCCAUGCUACAAAACGCGAUCCAAGUAUUGAAUUGGAUGUUACUAGCAAGCACGAUUCACUUAGUUUUGAACAUAGCGACAAUGAAUACGAAAGUACCAUCGGCGUGGAAAUUAGCCGCAGUAAUAUAGGAGGAGAAUGUGUAUUUUGGGAACUAUGCGGUCGAGAAGAUUAUUUAGUCUCUUAUCAUCGGGCGCUAAUGGUUCAUCAACCAAUGCAAGUGCAUUUGAUAACAAUUAGUUUGCGCCAACCUAUAACUGUUCAACUGCAGCAAGCGCGAUUUUGGUUACAAUUCAUCAUGGAUAGAAUACCUCCAGAAAACAUAGGCUUUUCAGGAAAAUGCGCUGAAAUAAAAGUUAUCUUAGUAGGAACAUAUGCUCCUGAGCCCCCUAUUCACAAUGCUAAUGGAGUAAAUCUUCUUGCACCUUUAUUAGCUUCUUUAAAGGAGUUCACACCGCUGUUAGGAGAGGAACCACAGGUGGUAGCUUUAGAUGCUACCAAUCCAUCUUGUCCUGGUCUAAAGCUUCUCAGAACGUAUUUAAAUAAUUCCCGAACAAAAUUCCUUGAACAUACACAUGAUUAUACAUGGAAUGGACUUAUGGAAGCUUGGAGAAUUCAUAUGCAAUCGAUGGAAGAGCCUCCUAUGUUAUUAGAUUUAAAAGGAUUCGUUAAUCAGGUUAGGCAAGUUAAUCCAUUAGUAUCUAUAGAGCAUUGUAAACAGCUUGGAGAACAGUUACAAGCUCUUGGAGAAUGCUUACUAUUGCCUGGCGAUCUGUACGUUUUGAGUUUAGAUUGGCUCUGGAGAGAUGUUAUAGGUUGGCAAUUAAAUCCAGACCAAAAAAGUCGCUUAGGCGUCCGUACAACCGGAGUUUAUACAACAGAAGAUUUUCAAGCGCGUUGUCCUUGUCCAGCUAAUCAAGCUUUACAAAUUCUGCAAGCAUUCCAUCUCUGUGUUUCUUGUGAGGUCGAAGACGAUGAUUUAGAGUAUGAAAUACCAUGCUUGAAUCUGGUUGAACGCCUACCAGGAUUAUGGGAACCAUGGUCCUCAACCACGUUAAUGCUGUCGCCACAUGCAGGGUUUAGAUUAUGUCCAGUAGAAGCUCGAUUGUACAACCUUUUGCCGAUUUUCCCGCAUUUACAAGUUCAUCUAAGGAAGAUUACUCAGGCAUGGAAUUGCCAUGAAUCAGAUUUAUACCAAUGGUGGCGAGGUUCAAAAUUAUGCUUAGGCCCUUGCGAAUGUAUAGUAACUCUAGAGGAAGAGGACCAAGGAUGCAUUCAGGUCUGGGUACGCGGUCCUCGUGGAACGGGUUCGCAGUGUUUUUCCCUACUGGGGAUCAUUGUCGACGCUGUUGAAGCUACUCUUGAAGUCGUUGCACCGGGAAUGUUAUUAGAAAGGCACUGGCAGAGUCCAAGCCAACUGCGCGAUUAUGACGAAGUCAUACAUUCUUGGGAACCUACGCUGAUUAACGCAGCUCUAUUGGAAAAAAACUUUUUAGAAGCAUGCUUCAAGAAUCCUUUCAAUGGACAGCGGGAAAGCGUAUGGGAUAUGAUAGGAUGUGGAUUACCUUGGAUGGAGAAUUGCGUUCCUGGGACGAAACAACCCGUUAAAAAUAUAAAGCCAGCGAUUCAAAGACGUUUGGCACAAUUACUGGAUCCGCCUGAUUCAUACGGUAGAGAUUGGUGUUUGUUGACUGUGCGACUUGGCUUAGGAGAUAAGGUUGCGCAAUUUGAUAGCACAAUUAACAGUCCAACAUUGAGAAUUCUCAGUUGCGCUGGAUCUGAUUGUACGGUUGGCUCUCUAAUACGACAACUUCGAGCUCUGGGAAGAGAAGAUGCCGUGAAGGUUUUGCUGUCAUUCACACCUACUUAUGUAAUGUCAAAUAAUAUAGAGUCUGAUACUGGAUCGAAUCUUUCGAGAUGACGAUCCUACUUUUGUUAAAGAUCUUGAAGCUUUUUUAUGAAACAUUUACUGCACGUAAGCUAAGAUAAAAUUUUCAACUUGAAAUAAUCAUAAAUAUAAAAUCCAGUCCAUAUAUUUAUUGCUUUUGCAUAAAUUAAUCUCAAUGAAGCUUGCCGAAAGAUGCAGAUCUAGGUUGAUCAUUUAGUGAUACACGUAACAUUCUGGAUUUUUACACUGUAAUCGUAAAAGUUAGUUUGUACUCAAUUAGACUAUUAUAUUUUUUUUUAUUUUUCUCUAAUUAAUUUGUGAUAGAAUUUUGUACGAUGUGCACAUAGACGAGCGAUUGUUUUCUACGUUUCUUAUAUUGUAUAACGUACUUAUUGGAAAGCGUCAAGUAUUAAGGCUUUUUAAAAUUAUGUCAAUUUUUCAAAUUUUUACACUUACGCCAUAGAGUACAAGUUCCAAGUGAUGUUAUAUAAGCGAAAUAUUUCUUACAAUAUUUAUUGACUUAUUGCGGGUGCUUAAAGUGCGGUGCAUGUUUACGUGUACUGUGCGCAAAAAAAAAACAAGUGUCUUUUGUACUUGAAAACUGUUAUUAUUAUGAUAGUAGUCGUUGAGCUGCGAUUCUCUCGAUAGGCGAAGUAGUUACGUUUUCUAUUGCAUAUCGAAAAUGUUUUACCUUGAUCGAUGUUAUUCUGAGAGCACGUAUUGCAAAAUAAUUCCGAAUUUUUUCUUUCACGUAUACGUACAAGAACGCGACAUUCGCGCGUUAACACCGUGUCCGCAAUCGCAGCACAAUUCAAUUUACAAAUAAGUUGGCACAAUCGCAUAUACACAGCCACACAUGCACAUCGAUACUUGUACACUCAUUCGCACCGGCGCGCGCUCUCGCGCCGCACAGUAUUUAGAAUGAAAAAGUGUCAAUCACUCAUCUAUAUCUACUUACACCGCAGGAAGUUAACAAGAAUGCUUGCAUGUGUUCGCUCAGCGCUGUUUUCAUAUACUUGGCGAUUGCGAAUUUGUGAUGCGCAUAAUACAUACGCGAGACUCGCGCGUAUCGUAUAUUAUGAGCUAUACCUAAUACAUACCAUCUGCUAGCUAAAGCGAAAGCUGCACCUGGAGCGUAUACAUAUAUGCAAAUAAGCUAAUACUGUCCGUCUGAUCUCU